CAUUGAAGAAAUUUUCAUACAGAAAUAACAGCAGAAAGAGUGUGUGAGAGUGAAAAAAAAGAAGAAAAAAAACCCUGCAUAGAAAAAAAUUUUAUCCAGCACAAAUUGUGCAAAAGUAUUUUACGGUUCGCCUUUAAGCCCCCAAUAUCAGUUAUGUGGGGAAUUUUGGAGACAAUACAACAACGCAUAGAGAAGGAAAAAAACUAAAAAAAAAAGAUUGCAAUUUAAGUACCUACACAGUGUAGUAGUUAGAGGCGCCUGGAAAAACACACAACCCAAAACCGAGGCGACGAAGACGACGGGGUUCAUAAUUUUUUGUGUGACGGAACAAUUUUUGUAUUAGUUUCGUGCUGCAAGUUUUACACGGUGUACAAAAGUUAAUAAUAUUAUUUAAAAGAAAAAGAAAAUUUCAUAAAAAAGUGCUUUUUAAAUUAAUUAACAAAAAAAAAAUAAUAGUUAAAUUGAAUAUAAUUAUAAUAAUAUAAAAAAACGUGAAAUCAAACAGCGAAAAUGGCAUUGAAAGUGUUGGUUGGACAAAAAAUUAUGAACGAGGUGGUGAAAUACAAACCACCACCUCCGAAAAAAGCAGGCGCUGCAGCGGCGGCCGCUGCUGCUUCGAAGGCUAACAUGGAUUGGCGUGUAUUGGUUGUGGACAAGUUGGGCAUGCGCAUGGUGUCGGCCUGUACAAAAAUGCAUGAAAUCAGUGCCGAGGGCAUAACUUUGGUGGAGGAUAUUAAUAAAAAGCGUGAACCCUUACCUUCUAUGGAUGCUAUAUAUUUAAUAACACCUUCACAAGAAUCGGUGGCUGGUCUAAUAAGGGAUUUUGAAAAUCCCGCCAGGCCUAUGUAUCGUUAUGCUCAUGUCUUCUUUACUGAGGUUUGCCCGGAGGAAUUAUUUAACGAUUUGUGUAAAUCGUGCGCUGCAAGAAAGAUCAAAACUCUAAAGGAGAUCAAUAUAGCAUUUCUACCAUAUGAAUGCCAGGUCUACUCGCUCGAUUCGCCAGACAGUUUUCAGUGUUUGUACUCUCCGGCAUUCGCUUCGAUACGCGCCAAACACAUCGAGCGCAUUGCCGAGCAAAUUGCCACCUUGUGUGCUACGCUCGGCGAGUAUCCGAUGGUGCGAUAUCGCACUGAUUGGGAUCGCAACAUCGAUUUAGCUGCUGUCGUUCAGCAAAAACUGGAUGCGUACAAGGCUGACGAGCCAACGAUGGGCGAGGGUUCCGAGAAGGCACGUUCACAAUUAUUGAUUUUGGAUCGUGGUUUUGAUUGCGUAUCACCACUCUUACACGAGUUAACCCUACAAGCGAUGGCCUACGAUCUAUUGCCCAUCACCAAUGAUGUCUAUCGUUUUACACCGGGUCCCAAUCAGCCCGAAAAAGAAGUACUGCUCGACGAGAACGAUGAUCUGUGGGUGGAGUUGCGUCACGAACAUAUUGCCGUCGUAUCGACACAGGUUACACAGAAUCUUAAGAAAUUUACCGAUUCAAAGAGAAUGUCUUCUACCGACAAGGCCUCCAUGCGUGAUUUAUCGCAAAUGAUUAAGAAAAUGCCACAAUAUCAAAAGGAACUCUCCAAAUAUUCCACUCAUUUGCAUUUGGCUGAAGAUUGUAUGAAGUCUUAUCAGAAUUAUGUGGAUAAACUUUGCCGCGUGGAACAGGAUUUGGCCAUGGGCACCGAUGCUGAAGGUGAAAAGAUCAAGGAUCAUAUGCGCAGCAUUGUUCCCAUUUUACUUGAUACUAACGUUUCCAACUUUGAUAAAGUACGCAUUAUUGCUUUGUAUGUCAUGAUUAAGAAUGGCAUUACUGAGGAAAAUCUUACUAAAUUAUUUACGCAUGCCCAGCUAUCGCCCAAAGAUCAAGAUAUGGUACGCAAUUUAAGCCAUUUGGGUGUUAAUGUUAUUGCUGAUUCACGCAAAAAAACUUACAAUGUCCCUCGUAAGGAGCGUAUCACCGAACACACCUAUCAAAUGUCUCGCUGGACUCCAGUUAUUAAGGAUAUUAUGGAGGAUUGUAUUGAGGAUAAAUUGGAUCAGCGUCAUUUUGCUUUCUUGGCUGGACGGGCACAGAAUACCAAUUAUCAUGCUCCAACUAGUGCCCGCUAUGGCCACUGGCAUAAAGACAAAACCCAGGCCCAAGUAAAAAAUGUACCACGUCUUAUUGUCUUUAUAACGGGCGGCGUAUCCAUGUCCGAAAUGCGUUGUGCUUACGAAGUAACAAAUGCUAUUAAAAAUUGGGAAGUCAUUAUUGGCUCGUCGCAUAUUUUGACACCCGAAAAUUUCUUAAGUGAUUUGGGUUCGCUUUCCAAAGAAGACUAGAAGUGUGUUAAAAUAAAUGAAGCAACAGAAGAGCAGGCAGAAAAUAAUGCUUAACAACAACAACAAGACAACAGUAUAAUUAUUUACUAUUAUAUAAUUUAUAAAAUAAUAAUUAUAAGAACAAUUUAAAAAACUAAAAUAAUAUUCAAAUUAAAGCUUAGACAACAAAGGUGAAAAAAAAACAAAUGUGUAGUAAAAAUUUGAAAUAUUUAAAUAAUAAACAAAACAAUUAUGUUUUUUUGUCUUUUUUUAAAUUAUUGGCUAACAACAAAAAAAAACAUUUAACUUCUUAUUAACUUAAUAAUAACUAAAUAAUUGUGCAAUUUCUGAUGUUUUUUAGAAGUUUUUUUUUUCAAAAAAAUUUAAAUUAAAAAUGUUUUAAUUAUUAAAUUAUUUAAAUUUAAAAUAAAUAAUUACUUAAAAAGAAAUGUUACUGCAAUAGAAAAAGUUUCUAAAAACAAAAUAAAAAUUAUUUAUCUCUAUAUGUUUAAACAUCUGCUGCUAAAAUGUCUUCUUUAAUAAAAAAUAGAACAAAUUAUAUUGUUAACAAAAAAAGAAAAAGAUAAAAAGAUUUAGCAACUUUUUUCAAAAUGUUUGUCAAGUAAAGUUAAUGGGAAAAUAUUAAAAGAAAAGUUUAAACAACAUAAAUAAGUUUUUACUUAAAUUCUCUUUGAUUAAACUUUUUUUGAUUAAGACAACAACAAAAAUUACUCUAUUAUUAAAAAAAAAAAAAUAUUAAACAAAAAAAUGGUGUAUUUGUAGUAUCGUUUAAAAUUUCACACUUUAUAUACAUACUUACAUAAAAUUAUAUAUUUAUAUGUAUUUAAACAAUAUAUUUAUAAAAAUAACAAAAACAAAGAAUUACCACAAAAUUUAAAUAAAAAAAACACAAUACAAUUAUAUAAACUUUCUCUUCUCUUUAAAAUUAAAAACUAAAAACGUAUUAAGAAAAAAAAAUUAACGAAAAAGAAACACGAAAAAGUAUUGACAAAAAUUAAAAACGAAAUAAAAGCUAAGAAAUCAUAACAACUUAAAAAGAAAAGAACAAACGAAUUGAAAACAAAACAUUUUAAAUGAAAAAUUUUAAAGAUAUCAUAAAAAAAAUUCUUAAAAAUUCAAUUCAUAUUAAAAUAAAAACACAUGUUAUCCCUGAAAUUCUGAAAAAAUGAAAAAUGAAAUGAUGAAAACUGUUAUAAAAGAAGAAAAAAGAUUAACUCUGUAAGAAAACACAGAAAUCUCUUAUACAAAUCCCAGAGUACAGAGUAAAACUGUUAAGACUUCAACAAAAGAAAAAAAAAUGAAGGAGUUACUUCCUAAAACGAUUCGCAAGGGAAACCAUUUGAAAAUUAUAUAUUUCAGAAACAAACUAAAGAGUAUUUCAUUUGAACACGAACAUUUUCCCCCCUACAAAUCGUGUUAGUGUAACGAUUCGUAUUAAUGCGUUUGAAAUGAAACUCCCAAAGUUCAAUCAAAGAAAUGUUUAAAUUUAAUCGAUUACUUUAUACUUAAACAUGAUGAUUAUCUUAUACGAUUACUUUACUUUUGCGAAUUGUAUUAGUUGAAGUAAAUUCCAAGGUUUUCAGUUAUUAAAAUAACAAAAAAUUUCUAACAACUUAAGAAAAAUAACUCUAAAACAGUUAUAGUUUAAAAAUAUCCUUAAAGAAUCCUUGAUUUAAAAAGUAAAACUUAACAUUUUUGAGGGGAAAUCAUUAAGGGGAAUUGUUAAUUUAAAAACAAAAACAAAUAUUAUAUUUUAAAACAAUAACUAUUCUCUAAUCUGGCCUAUAAACUAGACUAUAGUCUGGACUACAGUCUGGCCUUUAUACUGAACUACAGUCUGGCCUAUAAACUAGACUAUAGUUUGGCCAAUAGACUAAACUAUAGCACGGUAAUGUGACUAGACUAUAAAGUAGCCUAUAAGCUUCAUUACAAUCUAGCCUAAAAACUUAACUUUAGUCUACCCUAUAGAAUAUAUUCUGGCCAAAAGCCUAGUCUACAGACUGGCCUAUGACAAGACUAUAGUCUGGCCUAAAGACUAGUCUACAAUCUGGACUAAGGACUAGUCUAUAGUAUGGCCUAUAGAUUAAACUAUAAUCUGGUUAUGACAAGACUGUUGUUUGGCCUAAAGACUAGUCUAUAGUCUGAUCUAAAGACUCGUAUUUAGUCUUAUCUAUAGGCUGAACUAUAGACAAAACUAACCAGCAAUAAAAGUGUAGAAAAAGAUGUAGUAUUUUCAUCACAACUAGUAACCUAAAAUGCUUCAAAUUCGAGUGAAAAACCUAUGAAUUUUACAUUAGCGUUGUCAUUGGUGGAAUGUUGUUCAAUUUUGACAACUUUGAUCUACAUCUAAUAUUAUUUUUAGAAACAGUAAAAAUCCGAUAUUUGGAUGUCAAAAAUAAACCAAAUUCUUUUAAUCACACGCAUAUAUAAAUUUCAUUGGUCUUUCAACAAAAUUUGAAGUACUUCCUUUUCUCUUUCCUCACUUUUAACUGUGUUUUCAUUUGUAAGGGUAUGUUAGGUUUAUAAAAGCGAAAAAUAUGUUAUCGCAUUUUUAGAUGUGAUUAAGAUGUCGUUUGUAAAGUAUGACAUCAAUUAUUUUUUGCUGGGUACACAAUAAUCCAGCCUAUAGACUUGACUAAAUAAUGGUCUGUGGACAAGACUAGACUAGACAGUCCAGCUAGAUUAGAUACUGGUAUAUAGGUUAGAACAUACUCUUAUGUAUGGACUUGAAAAUCUAAAAAUCUGUUAAAUUCCAUGAACAAUUCAAAAAUUAAAAUAAAAAAUUGUUAGACUAGGCUGUACAACGCACAAUAUUAAACACCUAAGCAAUACUACGAUAAAAUGGAAGUUACCGUUUUACUUUUAAAAGAACCAAUCAAAUAAGAAAUUUUUACGGGGUAUAAUGUAGCCCUAUCCAUCUCUUUAUGUGGCCAUUCAUUGAACAGAUAUUAAUUUUUAAAACAAUACAAUAAAUUUAAUACAAAUUGAUAAAAAUUCUUUAAUAUUCCGAGUCUAUAGGUACAUUAGUAAGAUCCUUGUUGUUUAAAAUUAACACUUUUAAGAGGAAUUAAAGAAAUAAAACGUUAAUUCUUUAUAAAAUGCACACAUGUCCUUCUCUCGGCCUCUCCGUUUGCAGAGCAGACGACAUUUUUUAAGAAAAUAUUAUAAAUUUUGAUAUUUUUGAGUAUAAUCUUUGCUCGGAUCCUUGAUUUUACUUAAAGUGAAAAGGCAUUAAAAAAUUUUAAAAUUUUUGUUCAACACAUUACAGUCGGCAGGAAUAUUGAAAAUGAAACUUAAGUAAGAUAUUCCAGGCUAUAAUUAAAAUACAAUUUUAUUAAUUGCAAGCCUUUUAAUUACUUUAAAUUAGUUAAAUUCCAAAAGCAUUUUUCUGAGGUAUUCUUUAUCUCAAAUUUCAAAGCCAAAAAACUCAUUUAAUUACUUUUUAUUACUUACAAUUACUUUAUAUUUGUAUUAAACACUUUGUAAAUGAUUUAUUACCUUGAAAAUUUUGCACUUUUUUAAGUAUUAAACUAGUUUAAAACUAAUUUUUAAAAAUUUCUUUAAUAUAUGCGAAAAUUUUAUAUUUUUUGUAUGAUAAAUAACUGUAAACAACUUCUGUCUCUUUUAGUCAAGCUAUAUACAAAAGCUUUAUGUUAUGAGAAGCCAGUGUUAAAUUAUAUACAAAAGCUGGUGAUUUUAGGUUUCUUUUAAAAACCAAAGGUAAUGCA